CGCGCAGUUCUCUUGUCCAACUGGCCCUUAAAAGACUUGAGGCGCAGCAUGGCUAGGCCACAGAGGUUCAGGGGAGUCAGGCAGAGGCAUUGGGGCUCCUGGGUUUCCGAAAUUCGCCAUCCUUUACUGAAAACAAGGAUCUGGCUUGGAACGUUUGAGACAGCAGAAGAUGCAGCUAAAGCCUAUGAUGAAGCGGCCCGGUUGAUGUGCGGACCCAGAGCAAGAACAAAUUUUCCUUAUAGCCCCAAUUCAUCUCCAUCAUCAUCCUGCAAGUUCUUGUCUCCUAAUCUCACUGCAAAGUUGCACCGAUGCCAAUUGGCCUCUCUCCAGUUGAUGAGGCCGCCGGCGAUUGGUGGUGCAGCCAGCGGCAAUAGCAGCAGAACCAGCAGCAGUAAAACUCAUGCAGGAAGCAGCGGCAGCAGAAGCACCAGUAAAACUGAUGGAGGAAGCAGCAGCAGCCAACAGUCCUUUACAUGCCUGCGUCUCGACGCUGGGAAGACUGGUGACAUUGGUGUCUGGCAAGACACGCCUGUGGGAAGGCAGCGGGAAAGCAAUUGGCUUAUGAAGGUUCAGUUGGAGAACGAUCAGCAGAGCGCCCCAGUACUGGACGACGACUGUAUACAGCAGAUGAUUGAUGAGUUGAUGGACUAUGGACCUAUGGAAUUCAUGGCUUCUGCCUCUGCUGCUUCCUCUUCUUCCUGCUUUGAGCACUGCCGGAAGUCAAUGGGAGGAGGGAAUGAGAACUGUUUUGGAUUCUAAAUUCCAAACUUCCUCGUCUGCUAACAUGAUUCUUUACAGCAACCAUGUAUCCUGGUUCAGUUUCACCACUCUUCAAUCGUGGGUCUAUAGAUGGUAGGACUUUUAGUACAUUACCUCUAAUGUAUAGAAGAAAGUAAAUUCAGAAAGUUUGCUCUACUUAUCUCAGGAGUGGCUCUAUAUAUGAAGUUGAAGUUUCAUUUA